GCGAAUGAAUGGAUUCCCACAUUGGACGGACGAGUCGUGCCAAGCUGUAGACGCAUAAUAAGUACGCGACCCGCGGUCGCAGGAGAAAACCAGCAGCGUCGACCCGCGAGCGAGCGAAAAUCUCGGCAGGCAGAAAAGAGAUCCCGCGAACAGGCGAGCGAGGAGGGAGGAGGAUGUCGUGGCAGACGUACGUUGACGAGCAGCUGCUCUGCGACAUCGACGGCCAGCGCCUCGCGGCCGCCGCCAUCCUCGGCCACGACGGCGCCGUCUGGGCGCAGUCCGAGCCCUUCCCCGAGGUCAAACCUGAAGAAAUUACUGCGGUAAUAAAUGACUUCGACGAACCAGGCUCUUUGGCACCAACUGGAUUAUUCCUUGGUGGUACAAAAUACAUGGUUAUUCAAGGUGAACCUGGAGCUGUCAUUCGGGGCAAAAAGGGGUCAGGAGGGGUUACUAUCAAGAAGACGAGUCUAGCCAUCAUCAUUGGAAUCUACGAGGAACCAAUGACUCCUGGACAGUGCAACAUGGUGGUGGAGAGGCUCGGUGAUUACCUUCUUGAGCAGGGCUUCUAAACUCAGAGUCCUAGGGCAACUGGGCUUAUGCCCACUCAAAUGUACCGCCAUAUACCCGCUCCAUGAAUAAUUAGCACACAUCGGGAUGCCGACUGAACAAGUGGUGGUUCCUAGUUAUGUUGGAAUUGCUUCGUAUGUGUCAUGGGGCUUAUGUGUAACCUUUAAACGUUGUGAUAUUUUUGCCGAGCAUCUAGUUUUUCCUCUUA